AUGAACCACCCUCCUCGCACCACGCCUUCUUCCGCAGGAGACCAGGACAACAACUCGUCCGGCGGAAAGCGAACCCUCGAUAGUACCGGAUCAUCCAAGAAGUCGGAUCGAUCCAAACGCUUUCGAGUCUCACGAGCAUGUGAUCAGUGUCGUGCAGGCAGGGAGCGGUGCGAUGGAGCACAGCCCAGCUGUCAGACGUGUGAGACUCAAGACCGACCUUGCACGUACCAUGAACCGCCCAAGAAACGCGGAAUUCAGCCCAACUACAUCCGCACGCUGGAAUUGACCUUGGCCUGGCUGUUCAAGACUCUUCCGGAGGGCGAGAAGAGGCUUUCUGAGCUCCUCCCCAGCCCAGACGACUCCGCUCAUCGCCUGAUCGCGUUCAAGGAUGUCGCGGACGCAGAGGCCCUCCAUCAGCUCUGGAGAAAUGGCAUUGUUUGCAGGCAAAUCGACCAGCUGCUCUCUGGAGCCGAGAUUGAGACACCCACACUGCGUGCGGAGGAUUCGGGCAGACCGGGCACCCAGAACGGGGUUGCCUACCAGUCGCCUCCACUAUCCGCUCAAUCUGAGUCUGGUGUGCCGCGCUACGAAGCGGGAGAAGUCAGGAACCACGCACUUGUCAUCGAACAGUCUGCUGGAGACAUCUAUAGAGAGGCACAUCCAGGCAGUGGACUUCUUAAGCUCCCUGAAAAUGCAUGGGCGCUGCUGGAAGAGUAUUUCGCCUUCACUCACACGUGGCUGCCCAUCACGGAAAAGCACGACAUCCUACGGCUGAUGUACACUUAUCCGGAGCACGGCUUGUUGCGAGAAUCUGCACAAGGCUCCGAACAUGCAGAGUUAUGGAGUAUCAUGGCGUAUGCCACGUCACGUGCGCAGAAGGACCAAUCGAGCAGCGCAUUUCAUUCAUGCCAAGAUAUCGCCAAGUCGUUGAUUCCACGCGACCAGAGAGCACAGCUAGGGCAUGCCAAAGCUCUCCUGAUCCUCAGCCUUAUUAGCAUGUCCAACGAAGCCUGGGUGGCUGCGUGGUUGACCGUCGGUUCCGCGGUUCGACUACUAACGCAUCUGUUUCCUGGCAACGCGCCCUCGGAACCCGCUCUCGCGCAGUCUCGAGCCAAACACGCGUACCUAGCCGCAUAUCUGCUAGAGAGUGUCGUCGCCUCCCAUACCAAUGCUCUCUUGCACUUGCGAACGAGUGGUGUCCGAGAUAUCGGGCUCUUGGUUGAGGACGGCAUGGAGGAGUGGUCACCGUGGCAUGACCCCAGUGCUCAUGCCGGACCAUCCGCGACCAAGUCACCGGCUCGGUCCAUCAGCAGUUUCAACGAGCUCGUCAGAAUCGCUCUGCGCAGUCAAAAUGAUCUCGAGGACAGCUCUCCAAGAACGGGCGGACCAAGGGAGCUAGACGUCAUUGUGGAAUUGCUACGAAACGCAGCGUCGGGGAAAGGCAGGUUGCAUCCAUCAUUCGUGAUUUCCAAAUUUCGGCAGUCUGCUGGUACAAACGGCUCGGAUUCUGGAAGAGCAAGAGCACAUGACGCCGAGACACCUGCUCUAUUCCAUGCCCGCACAAACUCAUCGCAGGCCGAUUUCUGGGCCAAUCCAAACGCCGGAAACUCCAACCCCCUGCUGGACCAACAAUAUCCGUUCAUGACCAUUCCAAUUGAGGGUUCGGAAUCUCUGCCAGGCAGCACGCCCGCCCAACAAGGCUCGGGCACGAACAUGAACACGAAUAUGUGGGCAGCGGGGGAGAGCACUCAGCUUGGGCUGCAGAACAUGCCAUCGUUCGCGACGGAGAACGCUGGCGAGACAGCAGGGCCGGGUGCGGAUAUAUUCGAGGAGCUGGCGAUGCUCGAGCGCACGGAAUCCAGCCAGAACCCAAAGUUCAUGCAGAAUCUGGGCUUUGGGCCGGAUCUGGAUCUCGCCGAGUUCUUUGGCGCCGACUAUCAGCCUUCCGAUCCACUGCUUGCUUAUAUGCAGCCGAAUUCCUUCGGUGACAUUUCUCAGUCUCAUGGAGGCGCCAAUAAAGAUGCCGGUUGA